AUGACAACUACGAGAGCAAUGAUUUCGGACAGGGUGAACUUCAAUCGUACUGAGGCCUGUGUACGCAUUUCAUUGUUGGACAUUCGUCCAUCACUUCGAGGCUCCCCUUUCGCUGCGCAGGUAGGCGCCACACGACCAGUCCUUACUGCACGAGAGACCAAAUACGGUGACUGGUCCGAGCAUCUUUUUCCAACCAGUCCGCCCAGUCGAAAGGACCUAACAGACCGGAUUGUGACUGAUUCGAAUUUGGGCCUUAUCGAUCGUGCCACGGACAGACACGUGGACUGCCGUGCAAAUGUAAUGCGCAGUCGUGCUGUCCACUGCCCGACUUCGAACGGCAAGUCA